AUGCAGCGGCCGAACGGUCAGGGGACUGCGUUCUCCAUCGAUUCCCUGAUCGGAUCCCCUCAGCCCCGCUCCGGACACUUGCUCUACACGGGUUACCCGAUGUUCAUGCCCUACCGGCCGGUGGUCAUCCCCCAGACUCUCCCCCACUCUCCCCUGCCGUCUGGGAUCCCCCCUCUCACCCCUCUGGCCUCUUUCGCCAGCCGCUUGACCAACAGCUUCUGUGCCAGCCUCAGCCAGGGGGUACCGUCCAUGGUGGCGCUGACCACGGCUCUGCCCAGCUUCAGCGACUCGGCGGAAAGUUACUACUCGGCCCAGGAGCUGGCGGUACCUCGCUCCAGCCCCGAGUCCAGCUCCCGGAGACAGGACAGCGCCGACACCGAGGAGCAGGGGGCUCCGGACAAAGCGGCUGAGCUGCUGCAUCUGACCGACAGCUACCCGGGUCUGACAGGGACAGGGAGACUCUUCAAUUCGGACGAUGAAAAAUUGGAUUUAAAAUGUGCUGAGCCGGUGAGCAGCGAGAGGGAGGAGGAGAGUUCUGCAGACAGUGAAGCCGAGGGCUUUUCAGACCCCAACAACAGUUCAUUGAACCCCAAAGCCAAGAAACCCUCCCCGGCCUCCCAGGAGCCGCUGUCCGCCGGCAAUUCGGCCGGGAAGAGCCGGCGGCGUCGGACCGCUUUCACCAGCGAACAGCUGCUGGAGCUGGAGAAAGAGUUUCACUGUAAGAAAUAUCUGUCCCUCACCGAGAGGUCCCAGAUCGCCCACGCCCUCAAACUCAGCGAGGUCCAGGUGAAGAUCUGGUUCCAGAACCGCCGAGCCAAGUGGAAACGGAUCAAAGCCGGAAACGUCAGCAACAGGUCGGGGGAACCGGUCAGGAACCCCAAGAUUGUGGUCCCCAUCCCGGUCCACGUCAAUAGAUUCGCGGUCAGGAGUCAGCACCAGCAAAUAGACCAGAGCCCCAGACCCUGA